CUAAUACCUCUUCAUUUCUAACCUUCUCUAUCCAUGGUAUCCUCAUCAUUCGCCUGUACCACCACAUUUCGAACUACCAGAAACUUCCCAUUGACGGAAAUUCUUCCAGACGCUUUAAAAUAGGCAAAAGAAAAUCGUAAUUUUACUUAUAGUCUGAGUUUCCAUUUCAUUUUUAAAUAUGAUACUCAGGGAAAUUUUUCAGUACUUCUUAUAAGCAGCCAGACCAGUUGUAGAAGCAAAACGUCCCCCGAAACUUUAUACUUUAUAACACGGUGACAUUUUAAUUGUCUCUAGGGGAUGUUUGGCCCCUACAACUGGUCCGGCUACUCACAAAAAAUAUUGAAAAACUUCCCUUCCUACCUAUUUGGUUACUCAGAAAAUAAGUAGCGUCUGAUGGCUCUGGGAUGUUGGACUAUAUUACUUACGAAUUUUUUUGUAUUAAAAGCAUUUAACAAAGAUUUAUAUUUCUACUGAAAUAUCGACUACAAAAAUUACGUUUUGAUAUUAUUCAAUUGAAGUACAUGACUAUUGUUUUAAGUUACACUCUAUUAGAAACUGAUAAAACGGUUAGAGUACCCAAUUUCUUAAAAUAAUAAUAACAAAUAUCGUACCCAAACAAUGUAUUUUUUCAAAUAUAUCUAUAACCACCGAUCUACAAUUUAUUAAGAACUUAAAGAAGAUAAAAGAAGUCAUUGUUUCACAAACUUAAUUUAAUGACUCUAACAAUUGUUUUGAUAACAUUUAUACAUACGUAACAAAUUGCUAUUCUAAUUAUGAAAAAUGCGUAUAAUUUUUCGCUGUAUAUCUUCAAAACACAAGAAGAUCGGUCUAUUUCGAUAACUACGUUUCUUAGAAAUUCUGGUACACUAUGUAAUUAAAGAGCUGACAACGGUUUGAGAUAAUUAAUAAUGCUUUCAACAUCUAAGUGACCUACUUAAUAAACCCAAUUUUUCUAAUAGGGUUGUAAAAAAUGAAUAAAAUUUGGCCUAUACCACUUAACAUUUUUUAUCUCUUUUACUACUGUAUCAUACAACAAAUAUUUUGAUUUGUUAUUUUGCAAUAAAAGAAAAUAGAAAUUCAGCGACAAUAUACUGUGAAAUAGUUAAUGUACGAUAAUCAAUUUACUUCGAUUAUUUUUUUAUUGGUUUGUUAUAUCGAUCGAAAUAUAAAUUGAUUCAGUGUCUUAGCAAAUCUAGCCUUCAACACUACACGCAACGUUAACGUAUUGUGAUUAUUUGUUAUUGAGAUUUGGUUGGAAUGCACCCGAUGUUGUUUUAUGUGCUGUUGGCAUUCGGAUGUGGUGUUUGUUUGUGUGACUACUGGAAAGACAGAGAAGAACUAAUAAAAGAAGAAGAGUCCCAGAUACUUGGAUCUUCCAUCAAACUUACCCACGAGGAAGAAGUCGUUAACAAAAGACUCAUUAAGAUCAAAUCAGAAGAAUUCAACAACGGAUUUGAUAACGUCGUAAACUUUUUACCUUCUCAACAUUUCUUCAAAACGAAAGCACAAGUAGAAAACUCCAAAGUCUUUAAGUUCAUUCAAAAGCUGCCAAAGGGAGCCAAUCUUCAUGUCCAUGACACUGCCCUUGUUUCGGGAAAAUUCCUUUUCAAUUUAACUUACAGGAACAAUCUGUAUGCCUGUUUUCGUAACGGAAGUUUUCAAUUGAAGUUCUUUAGUAAGCCGGAGUCUUCCUGCAAGUGGAUUCUCCUGAAAAAAUUGAGACAGAUAAGUCCUUCCGUUGACGAUUUUAUAAGUUCCAAAUUUAGUUUGAUCGUCGACAACCCGGAAAGGAUGUACAAGAGCGUGGACGAGGUGUGGACUGCCUUUCAGGACAUCUUUGCCGUUGUAUCUCCUUUGAUCACCUACAGACCCGUGUUUGAAGACUAUUUCUACAGGGCUCUCGAGGAAUUAUACGAAGACAAUGUGAUGUACUUGGAGUUUAGAGGUCUAUUACCGGAAGUGUACGAGUUGAACGGUACCGUCUAUGAUGAGGUCGAAGUGGCAGGAUUGUAUAUCAAUGUGUUGAAGAAAUUUAAAGAAGAUCAUCCUGAUUUUGUUGGUGCUAAGUUCAUUUACGCCCCGAUGAGACUUGCGGAUAAUGCCACUGCAUGGAAGUAUGUCGAAACGGUGAAAACGUUGAAGGAAUACUACCCUGAUUUUUUGGCAGGUUUUGAUCUGGUUGGGGAAGAAAAGAAGGGAUAUCCGUUGAAGAAUUUCAUUGAACAGAUAAAAAGUUUAGAAGGAAUUGUAAAAUUCUUUUUCCACGCCGGCGAAACGAAAUGGUAUGGGACAGAUAUAGACGAGAAUUUGGUGGAUGCAAUUCUUCUAAAUACGUCAAGAAUAGGGCACGGCUUUGCCCUUUUAAAACAUCCCAAACUUCUACAGAUGGUAAAAGAGAAAGACAUUGCCAUAGAGGUCAAUCCUAUAUCAAACCAGGUGUUAACAUAUGUAAAAGAUUUAAGAAAUCAUCCAGCCAUUUUCUAUAUUAAUCAAAAUUAUCCUGUGGUCAUAUGUAACGAUGACCCUAGCUUUUGGGGGACCAAGGGACUUAGUUACGACUGGUAUAUGGCGUUUAUGGGAUUAUCCAGUAAAUAUACUGAUCUGAGAUUUUUGAAACAACUUGCUAUUAACUCACUUAAAUACAGCAUGUUUUCUAAUGACGACGAAAGAAAUUUUGCGUUUUCUUUGUGGGAAAAGAAAUGGAAAAAGUUUAUCAUGGACUUCCUACAGAACCAGGAACUUCAGGAUUAUGAAAACAUUAAAGUUGUUCUUGUAUGAUUGUUGUAAUUGAUUUUAAAACGUUUUUUUGUGUAGGCCAUGCUGUAACUUUCUGUGUAUAUUGGGUUGCCUGGUCUGCUAUAAAAUAACACAAUUAAUUAUGACCUUGUAAGACACCUUUAAUCGAGGACAUAUGGAAACUGAGCCAUGGUAUUUAGUACCAUUUCGUAGUGAAAAACUUUAAUACAGUUGAAAAUUACCGUUUACGAAUAAUUUAUGUAAUCAAUAUUUGAAUAUUAAAUGAUUUCUUUUGAUGUU